AGUUUUCUGCCUCGAGAACCCCACGAAUCCCAACACGUAAUCGCUCAUCAGAAGAUACACAAUCCCUCUUGAUUUCUUUAAUCACAGAAGCAAAAUAUAUUAGCACAAAUGGCUGCUGGUUUCUCGCUCUUUCCCCCUAUAACCUCGGUGGAGAGGAAGUGCUGAAUUAUAAUAGAAUACCACUGCAUUAAAAAACUAUAUGAACAGCUACUUUGAUCUAGUUUCUAAUUUCUAAUCGUCAAAACCAAUGCACUGUACAUUGCACUUCCAUCUUUAACGCCUGGGUUACAUCCUACUCUUCUUACUAAUGGUCGAGGGCCAUUUUCACACUCAACCCGUUUCAUCUAUAUUCUGUCUCUUCCACUUCCACUGCAGAUUUUCAUAUUCUCUGGAAAUGUUUUCUCCAGAGGAUAUGUGUCUCUGUUCUAUUGGUGUCUCUACUUAAAAGUAUAACUGUAGAUUUUCUGGGCACGGUGUUUCUUGCAUUUGCUGUAUUUUCAUUGUAAUGAUGUUAUGCUCUUGAGAUAUAAGCCCUUAAAAGUUGAAUUUACUACUCUAUUCACUUCCAGAUAUGAUUUUUUUGUUUUGUUCAGAUUUUCAGUGAAUCCUCGUGUAUAUUGGGACAUUCACUGAACCGAAUAUGUUAACUUGUAUAGCUUGUUCAAAGCGGCAAACUGGCAGAUCUCUUCCCGACCCACCAGAAGAGGAUGACACCGCCAUAACUCCCUCCAGUAAACAACCAAUCAAAGCCCUAACCAACCAGAUCAAGGAUAUGGCAGUAAAGGCAUCUGGUGCUUACAAGUCUUGCAACCCUUGUUCCCGCUCCUUGAGCAACAACCAAAGCCGAGCCUACGCUGAUUCUGAAGCCGGCUGGGUUUCAGAGAGAAUCUAUGGCUCCUAUAGAAGGACAGGGAGCUUAAACAACCAUCCAAGGCUAUGGGGAAAGGAAAUGGAAGCGAAACUAAAGGCCCUCUCGAGCGGCGAAGGCACGCCGUCUUCAGUUAGUUGUAGAAGUGUAUCAGUGGUGUUCAUGGAGGAGGAUGAGCCCAAAGAGUGGGUUGCACAGGUCGAGCCUGGUGUGCUCAUUACUUUUAUUUCACUGCCUCAAGGAGGAAAUGAUCUCAAAAGGAUUCAAUUCAGUCGAGAGAUGUUUAACAAAUGGAAAGCUCAACGGUGGUGGGCAGACAACUAUGACAAAGUGAUGGAAUUAUACAAUGUCCAGGGGUUCAAUAGUGAAGCAGUACCAGAAAAAACUCUGCAGAAAUCUGAUGAGGAGAACUCAAACAUUAAAUCUGCUGAGCAUAGCCCUGUUGAACAUCAUCAAAUGCAAUCUCGCGAUUACUACGGCUCUGGUGAUCUUAAUUUGACACCAAAACUGUCCAGCAUUAGUGCUGCAAAGACAGAUGCAUCAUCCAUCGAUGCUUCUGCACAGUCUAUUUCUUCAAGAGAGUCUGAUCAUUCUGGGGAGCUUUCAGUGGGCAAUGCCAGUGAUUUGGAAACUGAAUGGGUUGAGCAAGACGAGCCUGGAGUCUACAUUACAAUUGGAACGUUGCCAGGUGGCACUCGUGAGCUUAGAAGAGUGCGGUUCAGCCGAGAAAGGUUCGGAGAAAUGCAGGCAAGGUUGUGGUGGGAAGAGAAUAGAGCCAGAAUUCAACAGCAGUACUUGUGAAUUAUGAUUGACUUCUUCUACAAAUAGGUUUCUAAAGUGUUCUAUGAUGCUUCUUAAGUGUACAAGAUUCAACAGCAAGUUGGUUAUCUUGAACUGUGAAUUAGACCUCAUUCUUGCUGCCUCCCCUU